AUGGCUUGGACACAGAUAAGUACAGGGGUUCAGCCUUGGUUGAAUGACCGAGAGACCACUGCUCUGCUGUCCCAUGUUGAGGAUUGGGAGAAGAUAUUUAGAGCAGCUGCUAGGGAGGCUAAGAUAUUGGCUCCAAAGAUGGACAAAGAGCUGUUGAAGCAAUGCAAAGAAAUAGUGGUUCCACAAUCACAAGAACCACACCAAGUCAUCAAGGAGGAGCGAAAGGCCGACAUCCUUCAGCAAAUACAUGAAGAAAUCAAAGAAGAGAUGGGGCAGAAGCCUUUGCAUAAGGAAGUAUUGAGGAGGUAUCAGCCUACUAUGACAGCAAUCAUGCAAAGGCUAGACAAAAAGGAGUUGCAGGAAGCCCAGGCAAAGGCCGACAGAUGGACCAACCAAGCAUCCGAUGCCACAGUCCAGGCCAAGAUGGCGAGAAAGAAGGGCGAGAAAAUGGUUAAGAACUUUACCAAAGAGAUGUUUACUCAGGCUGGUAUGAGAGUCUUUGUUUUGGGCUCCUGGAAGGAUGAGAAGGAGGGCCUGCUUACAUCUGGAAUGCAUUCUCCUGUCGCCAAGGAUGAAUCUGAUGGUGAUGCCGAUGAUGAGAGUCCCAUGGCCAGGCCUACAAGAAAGCUAUCUACAACUGCGACUUCGUCACCAACUGAAAUUCCAAAAGGGCAACCAAGGAUCACCAAGCAACCCUACAUCAGUUUGACUGAGGAUGAAUCUAACAACACCCAAACAGAGGCAUCUCCACCUGCAGUCAAAGAACGCCACCACGGCUGUACAAAUGCCCGAGACAGCAAUCAGUCCAGACAACUAGGACAAAUCACUGCUACUCACCUUGAUAUCCAGCAGCCGAUCCUGCUGGUUGGUCAUCCCAACACAUGUCAUACUGACCAGCAGCUGAGGGUGUUGAGACGUGGCCUGAAUCGGCUAUUUUUGACCAAGGUUCCUUAUUCCAGCAAAGAUCAUAAGUAG